UUACUGACCACCACCCCUCACUCUGGUCAUAAAUACUAAAACCUGCAGCAUUUCCAGAGACAUUUCCAGAGACCGCCUCAGCCCUGAGAGUUUCACGCAGGAGAUCACUUUGCACGGCAAUGAAAGGAGACGCUGCCAAAGCAGACCUCCGCAAUGGCACCAAGGACCUGCUGCCUCCCUCGGAGGAGAAGAUGGAGGAGCGGGGCCAGUGGAGCAACAAGAUAGAGUUCAUCCUGUCGGUGGCCGGCUCCAUCAUCGGCCUGGGCAACAUGUGGCGCUUCCCUUACCUCUGCUACAAGAACGGAGGAGGUGCUUUCCUCAUCCCCUACCUGAUCUUCCUCUUCACCUGUGGCGUUCCUGUCUUCUUCCUUGAGACGGCCCUGGGCCAGUACACCAGCGAGGGAGGCAUCACCUGCUGGAGGAAAAUCAGUCCCUUGUUUGAAGGUCUUGGCUAUGGCACCCAGGUGAUCGUGACUCUGUUGAACUUCUACUACAUCAUCGUUCUGGCCUGGGGGAUUUUCUACCUGUCGUUCUCCUUCUCCUGGGACCUGGCCUGGUCGUCCUGCAACAACACGUGGAACACAGAAAACUGUGUGGAGUUUUCAAGGAGGAACUCGUCGGUCACAGUGGACCUGAACGCCACCUCUCCUGUCCUCGAGUUCUGGGAGAGGAGAGCGCUGAGGAUUUCCCCAGGCCUCGACCACAUGGGCUCUCUGAACUGGGACCUGGCUCUGUGCCUGUUCAUCGCCUGGGUCAUGUGCUACUUCUGCAUCUGGAAGGGGGUGAAAUCCACAGGGAAGGUGGUCUACUUCACAGCCACCUUCCCCUACGUGAUGCUGAUUGUGCUGCUGAUCAGAGGACUCACCCUGCCCGGCGCUGGUAUCGGCAUCAAGUUCUACCUUUACCCAGACCUGGGACGACUAGCGGAUCCACAGGUAUGGAUGGAUGCUGGCACCCAGAUCUUCUUCUCCUACGCCAUCUGUUUAGGGGCGCUGACUGCUCUGGGGAGCUACAACAAAUACAACAAUAACUGUUACAGGGACUGCCUGUCGCUGUGCUUUCUGAACAGCGGCACCAGCUUUGUGGCAGGCUUUGCGAUCUUCUCCAUCCUGGGCUUCAUGUCUUACGAGCAGAAUGUUCCCAUCUCUGAAGUGGCAGAAUCUGGUCCGGGCCUGGCGUUCAUAGCUUAUCCCCGCGCUGUGAGCAUGAUGCCUUUCUCUCCUCUGUGGGCCGCCCUCUUCUUCAUCAUGAUAGUUUUUCUUGGGCUUGACAGCCAGUUUGUGUGUGUUGAGAGCCUCGUGACGGCGGUGGUGGACAUGUACCCGGCUGUGUUCAGACGUAAAAACCGCAGGGAGCUCUUCCUGUUGGCUGUCAGCCUUUUCUCCUUCUUCAUGGGCCUCAUCAUGCUGAUGGAGGGGGGUAUGUAUGUCUUCCAGCUGUUUGACUACUAUGCAGCCAGUGGCAUGUGUCUUCUCUUCAUGGCCAUCUUUGAGACUGUCUGCAUUGCCUGGGUCUAUGGUGCCGAUCGCUUUUAUGAUAACAUUGAGGACAUGAUUGGCUACCGCCCAGGACCUUACAUCAAGUACUGUUGGUUGUUCUUCACCCCGGCCACAUGCAUUGGUACCUUUGCCUUUUCUCUCAUCAAAUACACUCCUCUAAAGUACAACAACGAGUAUGUGUACCCAUGGUGGGGCUAUGCCAUUGGCUGGCUGCUUGCCCUCGCCUCCAUGGUCUGCAUCCCAUUUUGGAUGGUGUACAAGAUGAGCACCACCCAGGGGACGCUCAGAGAGCGCAUCCAGCUGCUCAUCACACCAUGCGACAGCCUGCCCAAAACCAAGAGGGAGCAGGAAAAGUUACUGGCCAUCUUUGCUCCUGAUGGAGAUGCCAGCAUGAACACAAAUGGCUACUAUCCUGUCCCAGAGAGGGACUCCAGCUUAUGAGCCCCCCCGCUGGUGAUUAAUGUGGGAAAAGACACGUGGGGUUUUGGUUUCAUCCUUGACUUGCUGCACCCUUGCCUCCAUCCCAAAGACCACAGCAGGGAAAUAUACAUUACAGUGUCACAUCACUCCAUCUACUUGUAUUUAUACACAACAGAUGUGGAGGACUCAGGAGAUAAUAGGCUUAGGACGCGUUGGAUUUGCCAGCGCCCUUCAGCUUUCAGAAUUGGCAGUAAUGUGAUAGAAGACAAAGAAAAAUAAAUCAUAAAGCCCUUUAUUGUUAGCCAUUUAUUGGAUUAGUUAGAAGUAAUAAGGGGGACAUUUAUCAGGGACGAAAGUCAUAUACUCUACUCUGUUCGUAUUGACACAUAUUGUCCAGCUCUGCACUUCACAGGUGGUGUAAAUGUAAUAAUUCAAGGUCAGCUGAGAUUCGCGAGUCAGUCUUGUCCUGUAAAAAUGUUGAAACCUUUAAAGGAGAAGUUAACAGUGUUUUGCUCUCAUUCAAAUGUGGUAGGGACACACAGGUUCUAACAGAUGUUUGAAAAUACAAUCUUUACUUCUCCUAUAAUGAAGUUUGUGAAGACAGUAAAAUAAUUGGUGGAUGAGGUUAAUCAUUUGUUGCCACAGAAAAGUGGACUACAUGUAAGUGUCUGUAUCUGACAUCCCGUCAUGGCUACGUAGCCACUACUUGUAUCAUAUCUUGUAUUAUCAUAACCGACUGGGGAAUUUUCCCUCAUUGUAUUUACAAGAAAUUAAUUAAAAUAUUUUGCAUGAAUGGACUGUGUAAUAAAAAGAUGAACUGUCAGUCAUAAUUGUUAUACCGUAGGACUUCAAUAGCUGUAGAACUAACAUGACAUAAAGUUUAAUAUUUUGUGCUGUAACAUAUAUGACUGUACAAAGAAAUGUGAAUCUUGUAAGUAUGUUUUUAAAUAAACAUGCACAAUUUUGUGUUUGUCCUG